UGGAAGUUAACAAACUCACCAAUAACUUCCUCCAGCAAGAUGAGUUUUGUCAGGUCCAGGCCGGUCCAGGCGGUGACGGUAAUCAUCCUCUUAGUCCUCGGCUAUUUCUUCUUGUUUUCCGGGUCCGAUGAUGCGUUCAGUCCCGAGGAAUUGAACUCAAUCCUCCAGAAUAAAGAGUCCAACAUCGUCAGUUUGAAGAAAACGGAAUUAACAGCACAAGGCUUGAGUGCCCCCUUCUUGGAGCCAAGAACUUACAAGAUCAACGGCUGGGAAACUGCUGGUGGUACCAUGAUCAAGAACAAUGACUACAUCAGAUUGACUUCCGACAACCCCAGACAAGUGGGGAAUAUAUUUGCUAAGGUGCCUAUCCAAGCCGAAUCGUUCGAGAUGGAAUUGACCUUCCACAUCCAAAGCAAGUCGCCAAAUUUCUUGUUUGGUGACGGUUUUGCCAUUUGGUUUAUCGAUCAAAAAUCGGAAAUCGGAGAUGUCUUUGGUGCCAAAAACAACUUCAACGGAUUGGGUGUUUUCAUCGAUACCUACAAGAACGGUAAGAGAGGAAACUUCCCAUUUGUCAACUUGAUGAUGGGCGAUGGCCACUCGUCGUACAGAAAGGAGAGUGACGGGUUUGAAACCAGAUUGGCUGGAUGUACUGCCCGUGAUUUGGUCAAUCCAAGGGGUAAGUACUCCAAGAUGAGAUUGGUUUACAUCAAGGAUGGAUACUUGUCGAUUGACUUCAAUCCUCAUGGAAAGCAUGAAGAAUGGACCAAUUGCGUAACCUUGACCGACGUUCAUUUACCGGUGGUCAAAUACUUGGGGUUGUCUGCAGAAACCGGCGAAUUGUCCCAAUCCGUGGAUGUGAUUGAGAACAAGAUAUUUGCAUUGUACAAGGAAGACGGCUCAUUCGUGGGCUCCGUUGAAGAAUUGGAAACCAUGAUUCAGCAACAAAAGGAUAUAGAUGAAGACAUCAAGGUCAUUACCCAGGACCAAACGAAUGAAUCAAAGGGAGGCAGAAACCGUCUUUUCAAGAAGAAGUCAAGUGAACAGAGAAGAAAAUCGUUGGCUAGAUUGAAAAUGGCCGAGAAGAGACUUAAGGAAAGGGAAAAGCAAUUGAGAUUGGAGAAGUAUGGUGAUUCUGAAUCUACUUUCAUCAAGAGAACACUCAGCAGACUUCUCACUGCUAUCAAGUAUUUAAUAUACUUAGUAGUGGUGGUUUUGGCAGUGUGGAUCGCCUUCAUCAUAUACAGAGUUCAAACCCAAAAGAAGAAGGGUAAAACCACAGGAUUGUUGGAUUAAUCAACCCACACGUAAUAUUUAGACAGAAUAAUUUAACAUCCUUUGAGAAAUUGCUAUGUACUGAAGUCAGAGUUUUUCGUGGAAGUGUGAUGCAAUAUGCAAUCACAACCCUGGAAUAAAUAACUCUGGACUACAAGUGUUACAAAUCAUGUUAUCACAACUCUUGGGAUAAACUGCACUAUGAUUAUGGAGCAUUCUAUCCAGUGAAUGUCAAACGUUCAUUUAGUUAUUGUAAAAGUGAUUUGAUUUAGUUGCAGAUCACUCUUCAAUCUGUAGUGACAUAUUUCAAGUACCUUAAUGAUUAAUAGUAGUCUAUCACCGAAA